CCAGCCGGGUCCCGGUUCUCUUCACCCCGGGCCCGUGGGUUCCACCUCGUUCUCGAGCGUGGCGCGCUCCGCCUCCGCCUCCGAGGGAGUGGGUGUGGGCUGUCGGUGCGAGACCCCGCGGGUGCCUCAGCCGACGGGGAGCGGAAGCAGCCCGGGGAGCGUGGCUCAGUGCGCACUGUGCGCAGGCGCGGAUCCUGCUCGCCCCCGCUUGCCCGGGCCGGGGCCGAGGCUGCGGCCGAGGCCGGGCGUGAGGAGCUGCGGAGCGCGCCGCUCGCGGGCGGAUGGAGGCGCCUCCCCGGCGCGCCUGAGCCGGUGCACAGAAGGGGCCGCGCUCUCCCCGCCAGAGCCGCAGCAUGGUUGACUAUAUUGUGGAGUAUGACUAUGAUGCUGUACAUGAUGAUGAGUUAACUAUCCGAGUUGGGGAAAUCAUCAGAAAUGUGAAAAAACUACAGGAAGAAGGAUGGCUAGAAGGAGAACUAAAUGGGAGACGAGGGAUGUUCCCUGACAAUUUUGUUAAGGAAAUUAAGCGAGAGACAGAACCUAAGGAUGACAAUUUGCCCAUCAAACGGGAAAGGCAUGGAAAUGUAGCAAGUCUUGUACAGCGAAUCAGCACUUACGGACUUCCAGCUGGAGGAAUUCAGCCACAUCCACAAACCAAAGCUAUUAAGAAGAAGACAAAAAAGCGUCAGUGUAAAGUUCUUUUUGACUACUCACCACAAAAUGAGGACGAACUGGAGCUUACUGUGGGGGAUGUCAUUGAUGUCAUUGAAGAGGUAGAAGAAGGCUGGUGGAGUGGAACCCUGAACAAUAAGUUGGGACUUUUCCCCUCAAACUUUGUGAAAGAAUUAGAGUUCACAGAUGAUGGUGAAACUCACGACGCUCAGGAGGAAUCAGACGUUCCUUUGACUGGCCCUACCUCACCGUUGCCAUCUCCGGGGAAUAGUGGUGAACCUGCUCCCGGAUCAGUUGCACAGCCAAAGAAAAUCCGAGGAAUUGGAUUUGGAGACAUCUUUAAAGAAGGCUCUGUGAAACUUAGGACAAGAACUUCCAGUAGUGAAACAGAGGAGAAAAAAACAGAAAAGCCUUUAAUCCUACCGUCACUGGGAUCUAGAACGCAGAAUGUGGAGGUAACAAAACCAGACAUUGAUGGCAAGAUUAAAGCUAAGGACUAUUGUAGAACGUUAUUUCCCUAUACAGGAACCAAUGAAGAUGAACUUACGUUUAGAGAAGGGGAGAUAAUCCAUUUGAUAAGUAAGGAGACUGGAGAAGCAGGCUGGUGGAAGGGUGAACUGAAUGGUAAAGAAGGAGUCUUUCCAGAUAACUUUGCUGUUCAGAUAAGUGAACUAGAUAAAGACUUCCCAAAACCAAAGAAACCACCUCCUCCUGCAAAAGGUCCAGCUCCAAAGCCUGACCUGCUAGCUGCAGAGAAGAAAGCUUUUCCUCUAAAGGCUGAAGAAAAAGAUGAAAAAUCACUGUUAGAACAGAAGCCUUCUAAACCGGCUGCUCCUCAAGUCCCACCCAAAAAGCCUACUCCACCUACCAAAGCCAGUAAUUUACUGAGGUCUCCUGGAACAGUGUACCCAAAGCGGCCAGAAAAGCCAGUUCCUCCUCCACCUCCAACAGCCAAAAUUAAUGGAGAAGUUUCUACAAUUUCUUCAAAGACUGAUACUGAGCCAGUAUCAAAACCAAAGCUAGAUGCUGAACAAUUGCCAGUUAGACCAAAAUCAGUAGACCUUGAUGCCUUUGUAGCCAGAAACUCAAAAGAAAUAGAUAAUGUAAAUUUUGAUGACAUAGCUUCCUCAGAGAACUUGUUACAUCUCACUGCAAAUAGACCCAAGAUGCCUGGAAGAAGAUUGCCUGGCCGCUUCAACGGUGGACAUUCUCCAACUCAAAGCCCAGAAAAAACCUUGAAGCUACCGAAAGAAGAUGAUAGUGGCAACCUAAAGCCCUUAGAAUUUAAAAAGGAUGCAAGCUACUCUUCAAAGCCAUCUCUUUCACCACCUUCAAGUGCUUCUAAAGUAAAUACAGCUGCUUUCCUAACUCCAUUAGAACUCAAAGCUAAAGCAGAAGCAGAUGAUGGGAAAAAAAAUUCCGUGGACGAGCUUAGAGCCCAGAUUAUCGAAUUAUUGUGUAUUGUAGAUGCACUGAAAAAGGAUCAUGGGAAAGAACUGGAAAAGCUACGCAAAGAAUUAGAAGAAGAGAAGGCCAUGCGAAGUAAUCUAGAGGUGGAAAUAACAAAGCUGAAGAAAGCUGUUCUGUUGUCUUGAGAUGGUGUGGACCCAGUGUUCCUAAGGCUCCAUGAACUUAACUGACUUGUUAAAGACAACAGAUGUGGUGUUGUGAUGAAGAAAUAAGAGGACAUAAACUGUGAUGUCUACCGAAAAAUUGGGGGGUGACAGUUUUUUUUUAUAUAUUUUGUUUUGCCAAUAUGAAAAAAAAGAAGAGGCCUUAUUUCUUACUGUGCUGGGAUUGCAAACAUUUCUAUUGUUUGCUUAAAAAUACUACUGAAUCUGUAUAAAAAGGAAAGAAAGCUCAUAAUAGUUUUUUUAUAGAAACUUGUAUUAUUUUUAAAGAGUUCUAUACUAUAAAUAUAAUAUCUUUACAAAUAAGCUGUAAGAUAAACUAUUUGAGAAGGACGGGUUAGCUUUGUAGUAGAGUCACUGCUUUCCUGUAAUGCAUAGGGCAUGAGCUUGUAUACAUACACUAUGCCUGCCACAUA